GACAAAGACAACUAUAGCUGUUUCCGACAUCUCUCCUCUCCAAAAAGAAAAGGGAGAUAUCAGUUAAGUCAUUGCAGCGAGACGAUUUAUAUUCUUCACUUCUCUUCUCGAUUUUCCUUCCCAAUAAGAACUCGCACAGAGAACGAAAGAGAGAGCCAGCUGAGCUGAUGAGGAGUGCGACCCCGGCCCUAUGCUAUUUAGUAGUCUAUGGAUAGAGACCAGAGAGGCUUCGCGUUUGGGUUUCUUCUAGGCAGGCGAUUCGACUGUCUCUAAAACCAAUGACCUUCGUCUCAUCUCAUCAAAGCUUCUGACAUCAGAGAACUCUAACCAUGGACGAGUUUGAUCUCGAGAAUCCACUGACGAGCUUGCAAGAGCACCAAGCCGAUACGAUUCCGUCACUUUUUGCCGCCGAAUCAGAUCACAUGCCUUUCCAGAACUACUUCCUCGACAUGAAAGCCAGAGAUUUCGAUGUUUCCAUUCGCCGAGAGAUUAUCUCUUUGAUUCUACAGGCGCAGUUCUCCUGCAACUUUGAUCCUUUCAUACCAUACCUCGCUGUCAAUUAUCUCGAUCGAUUUAUCUCCAGACAAGGACUUCCGCAAGGAAAACCGUGGAUCCUGAGGCUUGUGGCAAUGUCUUGCCUAUCCCUCGCGGCGAAGAUGAAGAAAACAGACUUCUCAUUUCCUGAUUUUCAGCUAGAAGAAGGUUUCAUCUUCGACACUCGAACCAUCCAGCGAAUGGAGCUCCUGAUACUCGGAGCUCUCAAUUGGAGAAUGCGCUCCAUAACGCCCUUCUCCUUCGUUCAUUACUUCCUUUCUCUAUUCAAACUGAAACAUCCGUUACUGAGACAUGAUCUCAAAGCUCGAGCAACUGAGAUUAUCUUCAAAGCACAAAACGAGAUAAAGCUUUUGGAAUUCAAGCCGUCCAUAAUUGCUGCAUCGGCACUUCUCUCUGCUUCUCAUGAGUUCUUUCCCUUGCAAUUUCCCUGCUUCAAGAAAGCCAUUUCUUCUUGUGCACAUGUAAAUAAAGAAAACCUGUUCGAUUGCUGCAAAGUUAUGCAGGAUGUAGUGAUAGACGGCUACGGAUCGGCGUUUGAUAUUGUUUCGAGCUCGGACACACCCGACAAUGUGCUUGACCAGCAAUACUCCAGUACAGAAAGCGAGAAGACCGGCUCUACCAUAGCCACCACUGUGAUAAGAGCAGCCGAAAGAGAUAUCAAGCGGCGAAAGAUCAACGAUUUCUGCAGCGAUAAUACGUUCCAGCUUUCUCAGAUACAACAGUGCUAUCAUGCCUCAUAAUCAUAUGCUACAACGACCAUAACCGGUCCAGAGAACAGUAGAGCGGCACCAAGCAUUGGAAGAGAGAGAUCAUCUCCAAAAAUCAAAUCACUGUUUCUUCUAAGGCUGCUUACCUCUCCAAUCCACCGAAAAUAGAAAACGAAGAAUCGGAAAAAGGGAUGAAAAUAGUCUUUUUGUUUAAAUUGUGAUCGUUCUGUGUAGAGAUUUAAAAAAAGGACAGAACCAAACUUCCAAGGACUAAUAGGAAGUACCGGAGUAGGGGAGGGAACUGAAGAGUUGAACUGCAUUCGUGUUUCGAUCUGAGAGUUGGUUUUGUUUCUUUUGUUGCUGGCAGCCGAAAAUUAAAGUAUUAAUAAAUUUCUUGAAAAAGA